AUGGAGUUGUCUCUACUCGGGUUACUAUCCCAUGACGAUUGGAUUUAUACAGGCAUUCUGGUGAGCUCUUUCGUUAUCGCAUGGAUUCUGCGAAUGCAACGAAAUGCAUCUCUGCUUGUCCAGGCUGGCGGUCCUAUAGGAUUCACGAUGGCCUUGGUAGUACUGGGAAAGAAGAUCCUCUACUCGUUACCGAUGGCAUUGUUCGUUGCCGCUUGCAUAAAGUACGCCCCAAGAAAAUCCCUAACGGCUGUAGUUUUCUUUGCUUCCUUCGCAUACCUUAUGAUCAUCCGGUACUUACACUACUUUUUUGACAUUGAUGAACUCGCCUCUCAAGCUAACGUUGUUCAACUAAUAAUGACUCUCAGGGUGAUCGGGCUUACAUUUGAAAUUUCCGACCGUCAUUUUGCACAUACCACGUCGGAAACGGCAAAGAAACCCAAGCGUUUCCUCGAGAAAGAACCAAGUCUAUGGGAAAUAUUCAAUUAUUUUUACCACUUCGCAGGAUUAUUCACCGGUCCGUAUUAUACAUACCAGAUGUUGCUCGAUUCUCAGGACUCAGGUUUAUUGAAAAAGUGGUCACCUGUCGAGGAAAUACGCCAAAGAGUUUUACGAUUGUGUUGGAGCGUGCCACUUUUCGUCGUCCUUAAUAAACUGUAUCCCCUCGAUGGCCUCCGCUCGGACAACGUUUGGGAAAUGAGCUUCUUACAGCGCCUGUUAUACGCUGCAGCAGUUUUCGUUGUUUUCCGUAUGAGGGUUUACAGCGCAUGGGCGGUGGCAGAAAGCAUCUGCGUCACGUUGGGCAUUGGCAUAUAUCCCUCAGACACUAAACCGCGUACAGUGGUCGGACCAACGGAUUUGGAAAAGUACAGAGAGCUUAAAGGCCGCUUUGACGUCGCUUACGAUUCGGAAGCUAUUGUCAAUUUAGACAUACCGGAGAUCGAGCUGGGUGACAGCUUCCGUGGAGGCAUCCGAUCAUGGAACAAGUCCGUGCAAAGCUGGUUGGCUCUUUAUGUACAUUCGAGAGUGAAUCGCAUGUACAGAGUGGAAUUAACCAUGUUCGUGUCAGCUCUAUGGCAUGGCACAUAUGCUGGUUAUUUUAUGUCCUUCCUGAUCGUUCCCAUGUGCGCAAGUGUUGAAGACAUUAUCUUCAGCCGUAUUCCGGUUGAUCCUGUAACGAACCGACGACCGGCUUGGUUCCGAUAUUUCUAUCUUUUCACACUUCGUUUCCGUGGCUUCGAUAUGCUCGCUACUGGCUUUCUUCUUAAAAACUUUAGAGACACGCAUAGGUUCUGGAGCUCGUUGUACUAUUGGCUUCUGCUAGUAACGUUACCCAUUUAUGCGUUCGACAAAAUAUACUCAUUGAAAAGGAAGUCUCCGAAGAAAGAGCUCUAA